GCCAUUGCUACUCAAUAAUUGGAGCAAUCUUGUCACGUGAUGACAGGAAGUUGAUAUUGUUGCGUUUUCCAACAUGGAUGUAGGAGAGCUACUUUCGUUUAAGCCAGAGAAGCCUUCUUUUGAACCAAAGCAAAAGAAAUCCAGAGAAGAUGAUGAAGACACCGGGAAUAGUAGAAAGCGAAGACGAUUUGAUACAAACGCAUCCUCUUCCACAGCACUGGAUAGUAAAACACGAAUGUCAGAGGAAGAAAAAGAAAAAAUCCGGCAAAUGGUUGAAGCUGAGCCAGAUGCAGAAGCUAUGGAUGAGACAAGUUUCAAGAAACUUCUUCUGCAGUUCGAAAAAAGAGUUUACAAAAACCAGGAAAUGCGUAUUAAAUAUCCAGAUCUUCCAGAGAAAUUCAUGGAAUCAGAAAUAGAAUUGAAUGAAACAGUUCAUGAGAUGCACGUUAUGGCCACUGUUCCAGAGUACUAUCAAAUACUUGUAGACCUUCGCUGUGUACAGUCCUUGCUACAACUUAUUGGUCAUGACAACACAGAUAUCUCCAUUGCGGUCAUUGAUUUGUUGCAAGAAUUGACAGACCCCGACAUUUUGAAUGAAAACGAGGAGACUGCUUCGAUUCUUGUGGAUGCAUUGAUGGAAGGCCAGGUUGUUGCUGUGUUGGUCAACAAUCUGGACCGAUUGGAUGAGUCUGUGAAAGAAGAAUCUGAAGGGGUUCACAAUACUCUGGCUAUAAUAGAAAACAUGUCUGACUUCAAGCCAGAGAUAUGCAUGGAUGCUGCUCAGCAAGGGUUGUUACAGUGGUUGCUAAAACGAAUCAGGAUGAAGAGUCCAUUUGACCAAAACAAGCUCUACAGCAGUGAGAUUCUUGCAAUAUUGUUGCAAGAUACAGAAGAGAACAGACAAAUGCUGGGUGAACUAGAUGGGAUUGACAUCCUGCUCCAACAGCUUGCUACAUUCAAAAAGCAUGAUCCCACAACCAAAGAUGAGAUGGAAAUGAUGGAAAAUCUCUUCAACUGCAUGUGCUCCGCUUUGGCGUUCCCAGCAAAUAGAUCCAGAUUUCUUCGUGGGGAAGGCUUACAACUGAUGAAUCUCAUGCUCAGAGAGAAAAAACAGUCCCGGAACAGUGCAGUCAAAGUCUUAAAUCACGCAAUGACAGGGAUUGAGGGACAGGACAAUAGUCAGAAGUUUGUGGAGAUCCUGGGGCUCCGGAGCAUGUUCCCUCUCUUUAUGAAGACGCCAAAACAGACAAAGACUGGGCCGACUCAAGAUGAACUGGAAGAGCAUAUCUGCUCCAUCAUUGCUUCAAUGCUGAAGAACACCCAGAGCACUCCUCGUCAAAGACUCCUACUCAAGUUCACAGAAAAUGAUCAUGAGAAGGUUGAAAGACUUCUUGAGCUGCAUUUCAAGUACCUGGAUAAAGUUCGCCAGUGUGAUGACCAAAUCGAAAGACAAAAAAUGCAACUGAAACACAAUGGGGAGGAGGUUGAUGAUGAUAUGGAGGAUGAUUUCUACCUCAGACGCCUUGACUCUGGCUUAUUUACUCUGCAACUGAUUGACUACAUCAUGCUGGAAACUUGUGCAAGUGGAGCUCCCUCUAUUCAUUCCAGAGUAAUGCAGAUUCUCAACAUGAGAGGCGGAUCUGUCAAAGUGAUCAGAGGAAUCAUGCGAGAAUAUGCAGGGAACAUUGGAGAUGCCAAAGACCCAGUGGCCAAGGAAGCAGAGCAGGACAGAAUAUUAGCCCUUGUGGAUAAAUUUUAACUUCGCCUUUCAUUUCAUUCGUCACCAUUAAAAUCAUUUUCCACCCUUAGCAACGGAAUAUGUUUUCUUUUUGUUCCUGUAGUUUAAAGCGCUAUUUGUAAAGCCUCAUGUAGGUAUUUGAAUAAUCUGAUGAUGUCACACGCCAAUACUAAUGUCCUUUUUAUAAAUUUGUUAAGUGUUUUACUGCGCUCGCAACUGCAUAUAUGGUCAUAUGAUUGCAUGGGACACAUUAAGCAUUUACAGUUUGGUAUGAAUUAAUUGUGGGGACUUUUCUCGGGUAGCGGCAGAAGCCUCCUCUUAUCAAAUUUAAGAUCACCAAGGGAUUUUUAAUGUUCAUCAGGAGGGACCUCCAAGAUUUUUUUGCCCUUUUCCGAGAAGGCUAAGUAUUCAGUCUUACCUACCCUAAGAUCAAGGAUGUGGCUGAAAGACAGCAGGAAAAGGAGCAAAUGAGUAGCAGUAAAAAGGGGGCAGAAAUUGGAGACGAAAGCAGACGACAGAACAUGAUUAGAGAGCAGGAAAGGAGGGGAAGGGAGACCAUUUUUAGGAGAAGAAAAUUUUCCCCAUCGAUGUGAGGGUUCGAACCUGGGACCUAUUGAAUGAGAGGCAAACAGCAUGCCCCUAAACCACAAGAGCCCUUCUAUCCAUGUCCUCUAUUUUAAGUAACAAUUACAACCCCAGCGCAUAAGAUUUCUUCAUAAGACACAUUUACUUUAAUUUUAAUAGCAUUUAUGAUAUUUCCUUUGGUGAUUUGUUGCAUUGGACUUUGGUCACAAAGAAUGUUCUACUUGAAAUUCAAAUAAAAUAAAUCGAUGAAGCAGAACAUUAUGAUAAAAAGAAUUCCCAGAUGUAGUUAAUGUAAUUGAAAGGCAAUACACGUAUUAAUAUGAAGUCUUUUCAACAGCACUUGGCAAUAUAGUCAAUAUAUCAUAGGUUUAUGUGUAGAUGAUGCGUGAGGAGGACCACUGUUCUUCGUAGUCUUCCCAACUGCCAUGGUUAAGUUUCAAGGAGGUUCCUAGUACUAGUAUUACAUGUGCAGGUGAAACGGGCAUUUUAAUUUAAAGACUGCGAGCUGGCCAGUCCAUCCUCCACAUGUAAAAAAAAAAAAAUGAAAUAUCAAUCUUUCCUCACGCAGUGAACUAACUGUCACAUCUGCUGCAUGCCUGUGAUGAAAUGCCCAUGUACUAAAUUAUCUCUAAUGAAGUCGUCAUAAAAAUAGUGUCAAAUUCAGAAUCAGCGUAUCAAAAUAAACUCCCAACUCUUUUCUUCUUCUCCGUUAGCUCCGUUUCUAUUUUUCGCGAGUAUAGUGUAUAGUCUAUGUAAUGUACCAGUGGACCAGGAAAAGUUUAUUCAAAGAAAGUGUUAAUAACUUCUUUGUUUAUUUAUGGCUCAAUUGACAUCAAAAUAGUCCGAAAGCUCAAACAUACAUAAUUUGUGUUAUGGUGGGUUUUUUUUUUUAUUAAUUAAUCGCUUUUGCACUAUGAAAAGAUGAUAAUGCUAUUCACCUCUGUACAACAUGCUUUUUUUUUUAGACGUAUCAGUCAGCGAACAAAAUCUCCCAAAUCAACCCAUGCAUUAUUUCCUCUGGAAUACAGAAUGGGUAUCUGUAAAAAAAAUAACUUUCCAAGUGAAAGUACUGAAAGGUCCAUUUCAUAAUGUGCUGCAAAUUUCAAAAGGUUUAGGUCCGUAGAAAAUAACUAGAAUUUUAAGCCCCAGGUAACUCGCAGUAGGCAGCCUGUAAAAUCAACGUAGUCUUGCGUGAUUUUGUGAACUCUGACCAAAACUGCGUCAUCAGAGUUAUGGGGGAGCGUGAGGCUAUUAGUUGAUGAUGAAGUGAAAGGAGAAAGAACUAGCACUUCCAGCUAGGUAGAGCUGGUCCGCAUGACGCAAGAGCUGUUCUGGGCAUGGUCAACAACUAUUAAUUUGGUUACAGGACAGUCAGUCCGACUCAGCACAACUGGACCCCAAACAGCCAGGACUUGAGUCCAGUAGAAUUUCACCUUUGUGGGUGUAUAUCGAAGUACAAGAUGUGUGGGAAAAUGUUCGAAAGUAUCCAAGGCUUAAGAUAGAAACCAUCACAGAAGACACUAGAAAGAUUUAAUAAUAAUAAAUAUAGCAUUGGUAUAGCGCAAAUUCCCGCUCAACAGCAAGCUCUACGCGCUUCACAAUCUAUACUAUUACCCCAGCAGACCUGAGAGCAUUCUGAAACAACCUCAACCAGCGUCAACGGUUUAUCACCAAGCCCAAAGCCAAAACAGCUCCGGCGUCAGUUUCACUCGGUGUGUGAUUUACUCGAAAUUAGAGGAAGAUAUCUUGUAACUUCGUUUGUGGCGGUCAUAAUUCUAAUUUUCAUUGUUGGUAAUGCAUAAUAAAUCUGGAUGGAUGUUUGUUCUACAUUUCUGUGAA